AUGCGGGGUGGACCUCGGGUGUGGCUUGGAACUUUCGAGACAGCGGAGGAGGCUGCUCGUGCUUACGACCGAGCUGCUUUCUCUAUGAGGGGUCCCUCCGCUAUUCUCAAUUUCCUAGAUGAACAUAUCAUUUCACCUAGGGGAUUAAAUUCCCCCCCUACGGCUACCCCUUCUUCUUCAUCAUCAUCAUCUUCUUUGUUUGAACAUGUGGAAUGCAAAAAGGAUCAUGAAAGACAAGUGCUGGAGUUGGAGUAUUUAGACGAUAAAUUGCUGGAGGAGCUUCUUGAUUUUGAAAAUAAAUGA